GACACCAAGAAGGCAGGAACUCCAGUUCAGUACACAACCCCCUCUUCCCCUCCUUGCUCCUUCCCUUCCCUUCCCAGAUCUUCAGCACCUGGAGCUCCGAAGGGUUUCCAAUGGCGGUGAAGGUCUAUGUAGUUGAAUUUGAUUCCGCAGGUACUACUCUAUGUAUGGACAUGUUGCUAAACUAGCUGAAGAGAUCAAGAAGGGUGCCUCUUCUGUUGAAGGUGUUGAGGCUAAAAUAUGGCAGGUUCCUGAAAUCCUUCCGGAGGAAGUGCUUGGAAAGAUGGGCGCACCUCCUAAGCUCGAUGCGCCAACGAUCACACCGCAAGAACUUGCUGAGGCAGAUGGAAUCCUAUUUGGGUUCCCUACAAGGUUUGGCAUGAUGGCUGCACAGAUGAAAGCAUUCUUUGAUGCAACCGGUGGCCUCUGGAGGGAGCAGAGCCUUGCAGGCAAGCCCGCUGGCAUCUUCUUCAGCACCGGGACUCAGGGCGGUGGUCAGGAGACUACACCGUUGACAGCAAUAACACAGCUGACUCACCACGGCAUGGUGUUCGUCCCGGUCGGGUAUACCUUUGGUGCCAAGAUGUUUAACAUGGACGAAGUUCAGGGUGGCAGCCCGUACGGCGCCGGCACCUUCGCCGCCGACGGCUCGAGGUGGCCGACGGAGGUGGAGCUGGAGCACGCCUUCCACCAGGGGAAGUACUUCGCGGGCAUCGCGAAGAAGCUCAAGGGCUCCGCUUGAUCUCUCCACUGCGCGAUUCACGCACACAUCGUGAGGCAUUUCUUACAGCUCCACACCAUACUCGAUAUACAGUCGAUAGCUUUGUCUCUCUGUUUUGUGGCGUUACGUUCCUCGAGGCUAUCUUGCUUCUUUCUCCAUUUAAACUUCUCGUAGCCAUAUGCAUGAUAGUAUGAUUUCUAUUAUACGAUUUGGUCAGCUGGUUGUAAUUUGGAUUUUGGAGUACAUUUUGUUGC